CGAGCCCCCGCAGUCUACAGCAGCGGAGCGCGGACGAUGCUGCUCGCGGGCGGGUGCAGUGCCGCGAGGGCGUCUCGUCUCGGGCGGCGCGCACGCGCUCUGCAUUCGGUCGGCUUGGUGGGAGCUCCGUUCUCGAAGGGACAGCCCAGGGAUGGUGUUGAGAAGGGACCGGAUCUCAUUCGGGGAGCUGGAUUGGUGGAGAAGCUCAGAGGACAAGGCUGCGCUGUCAAAGACUACGGGAAUGUGGACUUUGACGACGUCAGUGACGACAGUCCCGUGGGCAAGGUGCGGCGACCUCGAACCGUGGGUCUCGCAAACCAACGGCUCGCCGAUGCCGUCAAAGCCAUCAAAGAGGAUGGAUACGUCAGCGUGAUGCUGGGAGGGGAUCACAGUUUGGCGAUUGGCUCAAUCCUGGGACAUGCGGCCUCACAGAAGGGCCUCAGCGUGGUCUGGGUGGAUGCUCAUGCCGACAUCAACACACCCCUGACCACUCCGACGGGCAACAUCCACGGGCAGCCUCUGUCCUACCUCAUCAAAGAGCUCCACUGCAAGAUACCAGCAGUUCCUGGACUCUCUUGGAUCAAGCCCUGUGUAUCAGCAGAUGACAUUGUUUACAUCGGUUUAAGGGAUUUGGAUCCAGGAGAGCAUUAUAUCCUGAAAUCCCUGGGCAUAAAGGCAUACUCAAUGACUGAGGUGGACCGCCUUGGAAUAGCCAAAGUGAUGGAGGAAACAUGCGAGCACAUGUUUUCAAGGGGAAAGAAACCGAUCCACCUCAGCUACGAUAUUGAUGCCAUAGACCCCACGGUGACACCUGCAACGGGAACCCCGGUGGUGGGAGGAUUGACUUACAGGGAGGGCAUCUAUAUAACUGAGGUCAUACAUCAAACAGGAUUGCUCUCUGCACUGGAUAUGGUAGAGGUGAACCCCAAGCGGGGCAAGACGGACGAUGAGAUCAAGUCCACCGUGGACACUGCAGUGGAUGUGGUCCUGGGCUGUUUCGGCCGAACCCGUGAGGGAUCUCACCCCCCGAACUACAGCGUGCCUCAGCCCAGCAAAAUGUCCUGAUCAAGUCCUCUUGAUCAAAAACCUUUUACGCUGGAAUUCACACUUUGCCUUGUGUCGUUCAGCCACGAACUGUUCUGGAAUAUAUUGUUUUAUAAGAAUGCAUAUUUUGCUAAAUCCAAAUUUGUCCCUAACAUGGAGUUGUAAUAAA